UUGUAGGAUCACAAUUGCUCAUUUCUGUGGUGCCGAUCACAGCUUCAGUCUUGAGAAAUUGAUGGGCCACCUUCUGAAUCUACUCCAUGGAACAGUUUUGUUAAACAAUUUCUGCUUCUUUGACUGCCCUAAAUUGCUCAAACAAAAAAAAUGUUCCUAUAAUGGAAAAGUUUCAAAAUUUCAGAAAUAUAAUGGUGCCUCACUUGCUCUGCAAGGCAAUGGGGAGUUUGGGGAUCAUGUUGCUAGCUCGUUUAACCAUAAGAUUUACGUUAGCAAUGGAGGAGAGUUGAAUGAUAUUCCUCAUAUACAAAAUCUUAGAGAAUUUCCUAGGGAGGAGCUUUUUGGAAAAGUUGUCAUGGUUAGAUUUGAUUCUAACAUAUUGCUCAAGCAAAAGAGUUACCAGGAGAGUCAAUCAGUUUUUAAUGCACUAUUUACAAUUAAAUAUUUAUAUGAAGCCGGAGCGAAGGUGAUCCUGGUCAGUGAUUGGAAUAUGAAUACUUCACAACUUCUUCAGACAGAGUCAAUUGCAGAUUUCUUAUCAGCAGUUCUUCAAAUACAAGUUGUUCCAGUGCAAGGCAUUUCUUGCAACAAGCUAUCAAAGAUGAAAGGCCUCAAGAAAGAAAAUAUCUAUCUUCUUGAGAACCUUUCUAAUAUUAAAGAGGAAGUUGCCAAUUGUUUGGAGUUUGCUAGAGUAUUAUCAUCAGCAAUUGAUAUUUUUGUCAAUGACUCCUUCUCCAACUCUCAUAGAGUUCUAGCAUCAACUGUUGGUGUUACUCGUUUCUGCUGUGCCUGUCUAGCUGGUUUUCACUUUGAGGAGAGGCUUUGUCUACUGAAGAAUGUUGCAGAAGCUAGCAGGAAACCAUAUGCAGCAAUUAUUGGAGGAGGUAAUCUCUAUGAUAAAGCAGCUUCCUUUCAGUUUUUAUCUUCCAGAUGCCAGGGGUUCAUUUUUGUUGGAAUGAUGUCAUUUCAAGUAAUGCAUGCAUUAGGAGUACCAAUUCCUCUUAAUUUGGUGGACCACAAUGCAUUUAAUAAAGCUCUAGAUAUAGUGAGACUUGCUCGAGAUAGAAAUGUACAGAUUCUGUAUCCAAAAGAUUUUUGGUGCAGGAAUAAAUGUGAUCCAAAGCAAUUGCAAGUAUUUGCUUCGCAUGGAAUUUUAGAUGGUUGGGUGCCUGUUGACCUUGGACCUGUAUCAUUGGAUGAAAUAGAUUCUAUGCUUCCAAAUUUUAAGAAAAUUAUUUGGAUUGGUCCAGUGAAAUUUGUUGAUUCAAGUAAAUACACAAAUGGGGCAUCCAAAUUGGCGAAAAUUCUUGAUCAACUAAGCCAAAGCAACUAUGAAAUAACUGUUGUUGGGACUAUGGCAUGCCAACUAGUGAGACAGGAGAAAAGUUCAUUGUCCUUUAUAAGUAUGAUUGAGAAUGCUUCAGUUGUAUGGGCAUUUCUCAAAGGAAGAAAGCUCCCUGGUGUUAUGGCUAUCGACAAAGCAUACCCUUUUGAAAUCAACUGGAACAACAUUUAUUCUGACCCAGCUCAACCUCUGGUUGUUGAUAUAGGAAGUGGCAAUGGGCUUUUUCUUCUGGAAAUGGCUAGAAGGAGGAAAGAUUUAAACUUCCUUGGUUUGGAGAUUAAUGAAAAGCUUGUUUUGCGCUGUCUGGAUUCUACUCAUCAGUUUGGCAUAAAGAAUGGGUACUUUGUUGCUACUAAUGCAACAUCAACAUUCCGCUCCAUCGUUUCUUCUUACCCAGGAGAGUUAGUUCUUGUCUCAAUACAGUGUCCAAACCCUGAUUUCAAUAAACCUGAGCAUAGAUGGAGGAUCCUGCAGAGAUCUUUAAUUGAAGCAGUAGUGGAUCUUCUAGCAUCUAAUGGGAAGGUCUUUCUGCAAUCUGAUGUAGAAGCUGUAGCAAUAAGAAUGAAGGAACAAUUCUUGAGAUAUGGGAAGGGUAAGCUUGAUUUGGAGCAUUGCCAAACUGUGUGGCUUGAGGAAAACCCAUUUGGAGUUAGGUCAGAUUGGGAAAAACAUGUUCUAGAGCGUGGGGCCCCAAUGUACAGGAUGAUGUUUUCUAAAUCAUAUGAUGAUAUUAGUGAAGUUUCAGUUGCAAAUGAUGUAAUUCUGAAAGUUGGCUAGUCCAUCAAACCUGCAAAUUGUUACUGUUUUUGCAGAAUCUAUCACAACCAAUGGUUUCUCCAUGUUUUAGGGUUGAACAUCCUUACAAUUUGGGGGAUGAGGAGUGCAGAAUUGUUGUUGAUGUGGACAGCCAAAAAUGUUCAGUAAGUGAUUCCAAAGUCAUUGUGCGUGCAAUGUGCAUAUGAUUCCUAAUGUUCUAAGAUAUCCCCUCCAAGAAUGCAUGUAGAAGCCAACCAAUGAAAUUAAAAUUGUGGGUCAGAGAGAUGUCCAAAGUUAGUGUUGUGUAUAUUUGUAAUGAAAUUGUAUAAGGCCUAGAAAAUCAAAAUUUCUAUACAUGGUAUUAUGAUAUUUCAUGCCCAUGCAUUUUAUUUUGGUUAAAAAGAUACAAAUUCGUGUAGGGAAUGCUAAAACUAACGUCUAAACUUGACAAAAAUACCAGCAUU